UUCUUUUCCAUAAACAUGAGGAAUAUCCUACAGUGGAGUCCGCCAGAGGGUCUACAAGAAGCUGAACUUACUUACACUGUGCAGUAUUUCAUAUAUGGGCAAAAAAAAUGGCUGAAUAAAUCCGAAUGUAGAAAUAUCAAUAGGACCUGCUGUGAUCUCUCUGUGGAAACUUCCGAUUAUGAACAUCAAUAUUAUGCCAAAGUUAAGGCCAUUUGGGAAACGAAUUGUUCCAAAUGGGCAGAAACCGGACGAUUCUAUCCAUUCUUAGAGACACAAAUUGGCCCGCCAGAAGUUGCUUUAUCUACAGAUGAGAAAUCCAUUUCUAUUGUUCUGAUGGCUCCAGAGAAGUGGAAGAGAAAUCCAGAAGAAAGUUCUAUUUCCAUGCAACAAAUUUACUCUAACCUGAAGUACAACGUGUCCGUAUAUAAUGCUAAGUCUAAUAGAACGUGGUCCCAGUGUGUGACCAACCGCACGCUGGUGCUCAGCUGGCUGGAGCCAGACACCCUGUACUGCGUGCGUGUGGAGACCUUUGUCCCAGGGCCCCCUCGCCUUGCUCAGCCUUCUGAGAAGCAGUGUGUCCGUACUCAGAAAGAUCAAACAUCAGCAUUGAAGGUUAAAAUCAUCUUCUGGUAUGUUUUGCCCAUAUCUGUUGCCGUGUUUAUUUUUUCUGUGAUGGGCUACUCCAUGUACAGAUAUAUCCAUGUUGGCAAAGAGAAACACCCAGCAAAUUUGAUUUUGAUUUAUGGAAAUGAAUUUGACAAAAGAUUCUUUGUACCUGCUGAAAAAAUUGUGAUUAAUUUUAUCACCCUCAAUAUUUUGGAGGAUUCUAAAAUUUCUCAUAAGGAUGUAGUGGAAAAAAGCGACGAUGGGUCGGAUGGGGAUGAGCCCGGCGGGGACCAGCGGCCGCGUCAGGCGGAAAUGGAGGUGAAACACUUAGGGUAUGCUUCACAUCUGGUGGACAUUUCCUGUGACUCUGGGGAAAGCACCCAGGGCACUUCCCUAACCCAGCAAGGGUCGCCAGGCAGAGCAAUACCCACCGAGAAGGCAGUUGUUGAAUACGAAUAUGAUGUCAGAGCUGCAGACGUCUGUGUGGGGCCUGGCGGCCCUGAGCUCAAUUUGCAGGAGAAGGUGUCCCUACAAGGAACGUUCUUUGAGCAACAGGCUGCUUUGGCAGACGUGAGCCCCCAGGCACCACUGUAUUCGUAUGCUCCUCAGCUCCGAGACCUGGACCAGUUGCUGCAGGAGCACGUGGGCACAGAAGAGGAGCGAGAGGAAGAGCCGUCGACCACACUGGUGGAUUGGGACCCUCGGACCGGCAGGCUGUGCAUACCGUCCUUCCCCAGCUUUGAACAUGGCUCAGAGGGAGGCAAGCAGCCUGAGUCCAAGGAGCUCGUGGAGGAGGGCCUUUUGUCUAGACUGUAUGAGGAGCAGGCUCCAGACAAGCCGUCGGAAGACAAGGAAACCGACCUCCUGAAGUUUAUGGAGGAAUGGGGACUCUAUGUGCAGAUGGAAGACUGA